AUGGUCGCCAGCAAAGUCCAGCAAUCCGUAGCCUUGUUAACUGCAGCAGAUAUUGACGAUAGUGUCCAACUCUGGCUGAGAAGAAGAAACCUGGGUAAUGUGGAAGCCAUCAAGAGAUGCUUCGUUCGUCUCACACUCCGUAUCUCGCUUCACACAUCGAGUCUGAGCGACGGCCGCCGCAUAAUCCAAGACAAGAACGACGCAACCAAGUACCGCUGGAAUAUGGAUCGUCUCAGAAAGCUGGCGGAGACGAGCGAUCUCGCGUUUACUUUCAAGUCUAGCACCCGCCGUGAACUGCGCCAACGCCUGGAGGCUCUGGACCCGAAGGAUGCGAAGACCGCCCUAACCAUCGUCCUGUCCUCGUACACCACGUGGUCUCGGAGAAGCACCGAGGCCAAAGAGAUUGAAGCGAAGCCUCAGCGAAAGAGUCGGCGGAAGCAAGAGACCACCACCACCGACCCGAGGGAAGACGUAACCGAUGAUGAGGAGGAGGAGGAGGGCCGUGUCCUAGAUCGGUUUGACGAUGAGGACGAAGACGUUUCGACCGCGGUCCGGACUCUGAUGGACUUAACUUGUAAACUACCGGAUGUUGCCGCUGGUCUCCGUGAUAGAGACAUGUCAAGGGAAGUGGUCAAGGAGGGUUGA